CCAUUUUUAGCUGUCUCUUUCUCUUACCACCCUUUUCUUUAUUUUUUAUUUUUUUUUGUAUGAGUACAAAGUACUUCUCCAGCAUUAUAUACGAAAUACUGCUCCUCUCUUUCUAUUGUUCUGUAUUCUAUGUUCUUCAUCUAAGUCACUCCCUCUCCUUUGCUCCAUGCAACUGUUCUUGCACUGGAUUCAGAACUUUGUCGCCUCAUUGAAGUUUCAGCUUACUGCUGCUCAAGCAGACAUGAAGGAGCUAGUGGCAAUGCUUUUCCUUGUUGCAAUAUGCGCUGCUGCGGAAAGCAACGGAGAAGACAAUGGUGGACCAUGUAAACAAAAUGCGUUGAAUGCUAGGCCUCACAGUGUAUCGAUCUUGGAGUUUGGGGCUGUCGGAGAUGGAAUAACACUGAACACAGUUGCGUUCCAAAACGCAAUAUUUUAUCUCAAGUCGUUUGCUGACAAAGGGGGUGCCCAACUAUAUGUUCCAUCUGGGACAUGGCUUACUGGGAGUUUUAACCUCACCAGUCACCUCACUCUGUUCCUUGAGAGAGGUGCUACCAUCAUUGCAUCUCAGGAUUGUUCCCAUUGGGAUGUAGUGGAUUCGCUCCCUUCUUAUGGUAAAGGAACUGGGAGAUAUCGCAGUUUAAUCUACGGACAGAAUUUAAGUGAUGUGGUAGUUACUGGUGAUAAUGGAACAAUAGACGGGCAAGGUUCUAUCUGGUGGAAGCUGUUCAGUUCUCAUUCCUUAAACUACAGUCGACCAAAUCUUAUAGAAUUUGUUGAUUCGGUUGAUGUCAUAAUUUCCAAUUUGACUUUUGUGGACUCUCCAGCUUGGGGCAUCCAUCCAGUAUAUUGCAGCAACGUUCAAAUUCAGAACAUUACUUCUCGUGCACCUGCCGAAUCCCCUUACACGAGUGGCAUAGUUCCAGAUUCUUCUAAGUAUGUUUGCAUCGAGAACAGUAACAUUAGCACUGGUCAUGAUGCAAUCGUGUUGAAGAGUGGUUGGGAUCAGUACGGAAUUGCCUAUGGAAAACCAACCUCGAGUGUCCAUAUCCGCAAUGUUUACCUACAAUCAUCAUCAGGUGCUGGCUUGGCUUUUGGGAGUGAGAUGUCUGGGGGAAUAUCAGAUGUUAUUGCAGAAAAGCUUCACAUACUUAACUCGUCCAUAGGCUUUGAACUGAAAACAACUAGGGGCAGAGGUGGCUAUAUGAAAGGCAUCUUCAUUUCUGAUGCAGAAUUGGAAAAUAUUCACUUGGGAAUAAGCAUGACAGGAUACUCCGGUUUCCAUCCAGACGACAAGUAUGACACGAGUGCACUUCCAGUUGUUGGUAGCAUUACUUUCAAGAAUGUGAUGGGUGCAAAUAUUGAUGUUGCUGGGAAUUUUUCAGGAAUAUUUGAAUCACCAUUCUCAACAAUCUGUCUUUCAAAAGUGACUUUUUCUCUCAGUUAUGAGAUAUCCCCUUCGUGGUUCUGUUCUAAUGUAAUUGGUUUCUCCGAGGAGGUGAUUCCUGAGCCAUGCCCCGAUCUCCAGAGCUCGUAUUCCAAGUUCUCCUUUUCUUGCUUUGCUUCCCUAUAUCCACACUCUAGUAAUAUCUCCGGCUCUUUAGACCAAGUACUAUAAUCACCCGUUUCAUUCACUCUAUAUACGAGAAACCAAUUUCACAUUGCAUCUAAAGCCUCUUCUUCAACUUCAUCCAAUUUCCAUUAAACCAAAAUUCUUGAUGCAAAUAUGUUCCUUCUAUUCAACAUUUCAAUCAACCUUCCAUUUGUUGGUGUCAAGUCCAAAUAGUACAUUCAUGUACAGCCUCAAUUUCUUCAUUCAUAUAAGAAAUUUUUUGAUGGUGGUGUACAGCCAAAGACGCUUUUUGCUUUGAACGUAUAAUUUAAAACAAAGGAGUGCUACCUUGAUUUUUUGUCUA